AUGGCUUCUGCUACGGGUAUCCCCCAAGAACAUCCCGACACCAUCCAGGAGCAGGAGGAUGCGCCCCUGCUGCAUACCCCGGGAAAUGUGCCCCAGAAAGAAAACGCUGCUAUCUACCAGAACCUCUUCACAGCUAAUGCUCGUUACAUUAUUAGGCACGGCCAGUGCAGCUCAAGUCGGAAUCUGGAUGCUGGCCAUCCUCGUCUGGACGGGUAUCUUAUCUCACCCGUUGAUAUUCUUCUCCGCUCAUCCCGUAAGUCAUCAUCACCACAUUCACUAGUUAUUAUUACCAUCACGGCUAUCCCACUCCUCAACUCCGCUGCCAUUCUGCUUCAAGUCCAAGCCACUCUCAUCCUCCAACCCACCACCACUCCUCACCAAAAGCGCCUCGGAACCAUCAUCCAUUACAUCAUCCAGACCCUCAGCCUCCUCGGUUUCAUCACUGCUUUCAUCAUCAUCGAGAUCAACAAGGGCGACCAUGCUCGCUUCACCUCCCCGCACGGCAUCCUAGGUCUCAUCACCUACAUCUUCAUUAUCCUACAGGUCCUGGUAGGUGUCGUGCAGUAUUUCGUCCCCGUCCAGGUCUUGGGUAGUGUGGAGAAGGGCAAGAGCAUCUACAAGUACCAUCGCAAGUCAGGCUACGUGUUGCUGCUCUUGGAGCUGGCAACUGUCUCGGCGGCAACUCAGACUACCUACAAUCUCAACGUGUUGAGUAUUCCGUUGUGGGGAGUAUUGGUGGCCUCGGUCUUGGUUAUCCUGGGGUUGGGAGCGAGGAUCAAGAAGCAUAAGUUGGGGUUGUAA